AGAGUUUAGAAAGUUUAUGGACCUCACAAAAUUUUCUAAUUUUCUCAAUAUGGUCUAAAGUAGAUUGGACCCAAAAACCAACUUGGAAAGCUUUUGGCCUUUGUGUUAUUUAAUUAAAUAAGUAGAAUUUGGGUGGAAAGCAUGUCUCUUUUCAUGACAAAAGUAUUGAAUCUUCUCAUUUAUUGUUCUUCAGAAGUUCACCGUUGACCUGUUGGUGAGAUUGAAUUGGUCAAACUUAGACAACUUGAGCAACCAGAAUUUGAAAGUAGACCAACCUCUCCAUCACACAAAGAUUGAAACCAAAGUCAAUUCACAUUUAAAUAUAAAGACAGAAGAGAACUCAUUCACUCUCUCACACAAUUCAUAAAACAGAGCUUUUUCUGCAAAAAUCAUUAAUAAGUGAUGCAGGUUAUGAGAAGGAUCCCAUCAGGAGAAGGCGCAGAUAUGCGUGAAAGAUCAGAGACGACUCGGGUCAGACGUAGGAGUCACGGUUCGGCCCUGAGAGUUCGACAGCCUUGCACGUGUUCAGGACGGCCUGGCUCGUCCAAGUGCGUGAGGCACGGGUUUAUGGUGCCAAGUGACGGAAGCAAAGAGGUGUUGCGAAGAGCUUUGACGCCUCCGAUCCGGCGGAUGAAUCUCCGUUGGUUGAAUUUCCGACCAACACCUAGCAGACUCUGUAGAAUGUCUUCAGUUUGAUUUUAAAAUUUGGAUACUCUCAUAACUGAGAACUUUUUUUUUGGUUUGAAUGUAAAUAAAAAGUUGAAAUUUGUUUUGUUCCAGUAAUGUUGGAAAUGAGAUCCAUUUGCAGAUA